AUGGAUGGACUAGUUUAACAGGAAAAUCUUUAUGGAAUUUUGUUAAUUAUUUAGAUGAUAAAAUUCAAAAAAUACUUGAAAAUAUUGGAACUGAAAAAUUUAUUGGAAUAGUAACAGAUGCAGAUGCAAAUAUUAAUUUAGCAAGAAAACAAAUUUCUCAGAAAUAUUCACAUAUAUUGAAUAUUAGAUGUGUUACAACUGUUUAUGAGAUGUUAAAAUCAGUUUAUCAAUUAGAAAUAUAUUUAAAAGAGAUAAUUAAUAAAAAUCUUUCAGUUAUAACAAAUGAAUCUGUUAAAACAAUUAUUUGUAGAAAAAGAGGAUUUUUUAAUGAUGUUUAUAAUUUAGCUAAAAUUUUUAAACCUAUUAAGGAGGCUAUUAUUAAGUUAGAAAGUAGAAAUGCAAUAUUAGCUGAUUUAUUUAAUUCUAGAUUUGAUGAAUAUGAAUUUGAUGAAUAUCUUUUAACAUAUUUUCUUCAUCCAGACUAUAAGGGUAUUGGUAUUCAAAAAAAUAAAUUUUUAAGAAUUGCAACUUCAGCAGCUAACAUAUGGCAACAAAUAAUAAAAAUUCCAGAAAUUGCAAGUCAAUUAAAAAAAUAUAAACAUUCUAAACAACAAUUAGGAUAUACUUAUUGCCAAGAACAUACAGUUGAAGAAAUUUAUCAAAAAUUAUAUAAUGCACAAAUUGAAAAAGAUGAGAAAGAAAAUAAAAAUGAAAUUAAAAAUCAAUUGAAUGUUAAUUUAAAUGAAUAUAAUGAAAAAGAUUUAGAUGAUAAACAAGAAACU